UAUAUAUAUAUAUGUAGGGCAUAAAGCCACAACACACGCGUAGCCAAACCAGUAGGUUCAAAAACCAGUAGGGACGUAACACCGGUACGCUACAAUGCUCGCGCCGUUGCUUGCGCCGUUUGUUUGCGGUUGCCCUGACCAGACACGAGGAAAUUUACGAUUGCGUAUUUCAGGUAACAAAUGCGAAAGUUGUGUAAAAGGUCUAUAGCAAGCGGAACCUUAAUGUGACUCGGGUUUCCAGUCGGAACUUUGUAGUGUGACAGCCAGCCGUUGCUCGGUGUUGUAGCAGCGCCUGUAAUUAUUUCAUCGGUAACCAAGCAGAAAUGCCUUCAGUCGAGGGUUUGAGAGAGUUCGUCAACGAGAGACUUUCUGCUGCUGCUGAAGAAAUAUUCGGAGUUUUUAAAAGAACCAUCGUCGAGUAUCAGGAAGAGAUCGACCGGCAGCGCGGACUGUUGGAGGUUUUUUGGAAACCCGAAGUGAGGUUACACAGGAUAAAGAUCCCACAGUCACGUGUGUGUAAGGAGGAAGAGGUUCUCUCUGACCAGCAGCUCUGUCUCCGGGAGAGGAUCACCAGUCUGGACCAAGAGGACCCAGAUCCUCCACAGAUUAAAGAGGGACCGGAGGAGCUCUGCAGCAGUCAGGAUGGAGAGCAGCUUGAACCAAAGCAGGAGACAUUUAUGUUGACACCUACUUGUGAGGAAAGAGACCACGGUGAAGAUCAUCUUCUGGAUUUGUGUACUGAUGAAACACAGAUUGUGCUACAGGAAACAUCUCUAGGCUGCAUCUCAGUUAAAAGCACCGCUGUAGAUGAACCAAGCAAUGACCACCAGCUUCUCUCUCGCAACUCUCAUCAAUCUGAUAGCAUAGAUCAGAAAGGAGUAAAACAUAGUUUAACAUCAAGCAAGGAGCCAACUCCUCCAGGUGAAAAGCCAUGUUUGUGCAAAAAAUGUGGGAAAUACUUUAAAACUAAAAAUAGCUUGUUUCUCCAUGUGAAAAGAGCUCACAGUGUUGAUCAACCAUAUGUAUGCAACUUCUGUGGGAGAAGAUUCGUUCAUGAAUCAGCAUUUAAGAAGCAUAAAAGAGUCCAUAGUGAUGAGAAGCCAUUUUCUUGCACAACAUGUGGAAAUAAAUUCAAAUGUAGUAGUAGCUUAAAAGUCCACAUGCACAUUCACACUGGUGAAAGACCAUAUUCUUGUACCACCUGUGGGAAAACAUUCAAACGGACUGAAUCAUUGAAGCUUCAUGCAAUAAUCCACACUGGGGAAAGGCCAUAUUCCUGCAUCACCUGUGGGAAAACAUUCCAACGGACUGAAUCAUUGAAGCUUCAUUCAAGAAUCCACACUGGUGAAAGGCCAUAUUCUUGCAACACCUGUGGGAAAACAUUCAAUCAGCCAUCAGAUUUAAAGAAGCAUACAAGAACCCAUACUGGGGAAAGGCCAUAUUCCUGCAUCACCUGUGGGAAAACAUUUCCUAGAUUAGACCAUUUGAAGUCUCACACAAGAAUCCACACUGGGGAGAAGCCAUAUUCCUGUAAAAUAUGUGAAAGCAGUUUCACAUGUUCUAGAAGCUUAAGAGUCCACAUGAAAAGACACAACGGUGAAACAUCGUAGAUGCACCUCCUGUGAGGACAUUGUCUGAGCAAUUUUUCUGAUUUGAAAAGUGUUGAAGCUUUCUAUUACAAGGGAACAUGAAUGCUGCAUGUGAGAGAAAACUAUGUUCCGUAAUGUCUUCUUCUGACAGGCAUAACCAUCCAGCCGAAACCCGACUGGAUGAGCGUUCACUCAUUAAAUGAAUACUUGCAGUUAAAGCAUUUUACUAUAAAACCCUCUUUGUUGCACAUUGAGUGAACAUAUCCUGCAAAUGUUUAAAUAUGUAUUCAUCUAUCAAUCUGAGAAAAUAAUUGUCUUGGAAAAUCUGCAAAUAAAAUUGAUCUCUUAAACUGUUAAAGUAUACCUUGACUAAAACACUAACCAAUUGUAGCACUUAAAGUGUACUUAUUAUGGUAUGGAGCCAAAUCCAGGUCAAACUUUUUGUUCAUUCGGGAAAAAAAUGUGAACCUGAAAGUUUUGUUGUUGAACAUUGAAAAAUACAAAACUAUUUAAAAUAAAAAUUAUUG